AUGAAGAAUAUUGUGGAAGAUGACGAGGAAUUGUGGGAAACGUUGAUGUUGAUUCUUGAAGGAUAUUGCAGAGAGAAUGGUGUUGGUGAUGAAGAUCAAGAAAGAGUCGAUAAAGGUGAUAAAGUUAAUGAAGGCUGCAAAAUAUUGAUGGAGAUUGAAGUAGAUCAGUUGAAGGAGGGAGAGAAGAGAGGAGAUGAAGAUUCAAUCCAAAUGAAGGUGGGUUCUCUAACUGAUUUUUUGUUUUUGUUGAAUUCUGUUGAGAUGCGGUUAAGAGGGAGAAGAAAGUUGCAUGGAGAAAAUUGGAGAUUGAGAAGGAAGGUUGAAGAUGAUGUGGAAGGUGGAAACUUUCGAGAGAAUCAGGUUGAAAAGUGA